AAUCAGCAUGGAGGUGAGGGGCGCUUAAGCGAGAAGUUUGCAGGUUGUAUGCAGCACAUUACUGGUGAUGAUGUAAGAUACCUGCACUUUGAUUUCCAUCACAUCUGUGGACAUAUUCACUUUGAGCGCUUAGCAAUUCUGUAUGACCAGAUUGAGGGUUUCCUCGAGAAAAACGGGUACUUUUUGUUGAAUGAAAAGGGUGAGAAAAUGAAGGAGCAGCUUGGUAUUGUGCGAACAAACUGCAUAGAUUGCUUAGACCGUACAAAUGUCACCCAGAGCAUGAUAGGCCGAAAGAUGUUGGAACUUCAACUCAAAAGGAUUGGUGUCUUCGGCGCUGAAGAAGCUAUCAGCUCACAUCUAAAUUUUGACGAAUGCUAUAAGAUAUUGUGGGCUAAUCACGGUGAUGACAUUAGCAUUCAGUACUCGGGCACGCCUGCACUUAAAGGAGAUUUCGUCAGGUAUGGUAAAAGGACUGUCCAAGGAGUCCUUAAAGAUGGCUGGAAUGCCCUCGCACGCUACUACCUGAACAAUUUUGCUGAUGGAACUAAGCAGGAUGCGAUUGAUCUUGUGCAAGGACACUAUAUAGUUGCUGUGAGCCGAGACAUGACUCCUGUGCCUCGAAAGGGAGGUCUUGAGGCUAUAGCCAGCUUUCCAGUGGCAUUGACGGUGGUUCUGAUCAGUUUCUGGUUUGCAACAAUGUCUGUAAAACAAGUUGGGAGUGGUUAUAAGCACCUAUUUUUCUCAUUGGUCUGGGCGGGCAUCAGUGUAGCUGUUGCGGCACUAGUGAGGGCCAAUGGCCGGAUCUUCUGCAACCGGCCUCGCCUGCACAAGCCCAGAUCUUGAAGCCAUAGCUUGCCUUUGAACUUUGUGCAAAUGGAGCCCACUGUUUCCUUUCGUUACACUUUCAAUCUUCUAACAGCUAUUUUCAGUUUAUUAAUGCAAAAUGGGGAUUUCUCGUAA